GGAAAAAAACAGUAAUUGUUUGGGCUCUUUUUGAGUGAUUAAUGAAAAUACCUCCGAUAUGUAUCCUGAUUGCCGAUAUCAUACUGUUGUAAGUCUGUUGUCGCUGCUUCAUCGAGUCACGCAGUUAUAAUCGGUUCCGUGACGACAUGCCGACGGUUCUAUGAACAUAUAACCGAACUAUAUAAAUUACGCAGGGACAAGAAUCCAGAGCUUCAUCAUAGCUUUUCGUGAGAAACUACUCCAGCAGCUCACUGUCUAAAAGAAGAAGCAUACUAUAAAACAUUAUAUCUCGGUCCUACUCACAAUGCUUAUACAAAGACCAUAUUUGGAUGUUCAUUUCCAACUGCAGCCUGGCUCUGCCGAUUUCAGUGUCGGAGAUGACAUUAAGGGAACAGCUUACAUUAUCCCACGGAAGAGUAUCUCUCCACAUCAGCUAAGCAUCUACCUUGAAGGCAAAGUCAAAAUACAGAUUGACAGGACCGAAAACGCGGUGCCACUUCCACCGUACACAGCAUGCCAGACUUUUCUUCGCAUAGAACAGCCGCUCGAGCUCAAAUCAUCAACAGACUCGGAACUACUUCAAGGAGGUUUGAGGCACGAGAUACCAUUUGGGUUCAAGGUACCGCCAAGGAUAAGAGGUUCGGUAUGCCAGCAAUUUUGUCACCAUCAGCAGGUCCAGAAAGAGCAUUCACUCCUUCCCCCGAGCAUGGGGCAAUGCGACAUGACGCCCAGCGAGAUAUCGGUCGAAUACAACAUAAAGCUCAGCUUGACACGGGGCAUCAACCGAGACGGGAUGCCAGCAGUAGCUGAAUGGGCAUGUCCAUUGUUUAUUCGUUCGCCGCGCAUAGAACAGGCACCCUUGCUGGUUCCGGAAGACAGCAAGCAUUACUGCCUCAGUAAAGAGAAAUUCGUAUCCAAGUCACCGAUAUCUCUCUCUCGAAUUGGAGCGCUGUUGGCGCGGACGGCACAGCCAGCUGCUAUUCAACAAGCAAAAGCCAUGGUCAGAUACUUACCAGUCGACUUGCAGUUCCAAACAAUAUCCGAACCACAUCUGCCACAGUUAUCAUCAAUGUGUGUCUCAUUGAAUGCCAUCACCACUUUCGGCGAAAGGGCAGAAAUACAUCUUCCAGAGGCUAUAGGUUCCUCAGCUCGGGAUCCUUAUCGCCACUCUUAUGUGCAAACAGUAUCUCUAGGGAGUUCAACCCCGAGCCCGUUGGAGUGGGAAAAGCGCCAUUUUACCGAGGAUCCGGACUCAUCCACGGCCAGCAUCGCAUCAGGAAUAAUCUACAGUACCUCAGUAAAAGUGCCAAUCAAGCUCCCAGAGAGUCUGAGCUUGCCGCCUACGUUCAGUUACUGUCUUGUUUCCCGAAUAUACUCUUUGACGGUGACUCUCCGAUUCCUCAUACAAGGGCAAUGGGGCCGAACGACUAGCCUUAUAUUGACAGUCCCACUUCAAAUAUGCUAGCUCAUAGCUAAGUCUAGACCCAUUGCUAGUUCUUGGCAAGUUAGAGGAGUGAAAAGGAGAUAUGCAGCUGAAAUGGUACUUAAAUACGUACUAGUGUGUGAGAACCAUCUUUGCUAGACGGCUAUAUGACGGCUAUUUAUAUAGUUGGGAGCUUGAAACAAAAAAACCUGCUAAAGUUGGCAUCAUGCCCUGGAGAAUAACUGUGUGACUUGAAUGUAUCUAACUUGAUAUUAUACAAGAUUAAACAUGUUUAAGAAGGC